CUGUUCCUUAUUCAGGGAUUCGACACCAAAGACACCGAGUACUCUGGUACUCGGCAGGCAUGGCAAAAACUCCAACGGACGCUACGUACGACAAACCGGAUCGAUUUCGCUAACCAGCCACCAUUAGUUCAGGCAGAAUCGGAGACGGAUUCCUCGUCGACGAGUAUUCCUGAAAGAGUAAAGCGCUCGUGGACGGACCAGCUGAUGAAUGCGUUCAGCAAAUUCCCAUGUUACGAUUCUCCGAUACCACUAAUGAACCACCUCACCCAAGUAGUGAUCGAAGUGCCUAACCUGUCAACGAUUUUCCAAUUGGAUUUCCUCGGAAAGAUAUGUUCGAUGCACGAUCACAUCGCCAAGGAACUCAGCGCAUUCGACGAUGUCACACCUUAUCGCAACAUUUGGAGUAUCGCAAAUUUCAUUUCUUGUCUUUCUCCGAACUUCCUCUUCAACUGUACAGAACUAGGCCCUAGUGAUGUACAAUUUGCGAAGGAACUCGUUGCCUUCUGCAUUCCUUACCGCGAACCGCUGAUCUCCUGCAAAAUCGCCUGCAAACAGACCUGCUCUUCUUGCCCUGGUGAGCUGCUUUAUUCUGCUUUAUUCAUUGAGUUCUUCUUUAAUGUUCAUGCUGCAACGGAGUGUGGUAUGCUUAGGGAAUUCGCGAAAUUCUGUAUUUCGAACUUCUCUAUUAGUCCCUAUUAG